AUGUCUUCUGUCGACUCGAUCCUGAAGCAGAUUAUAAAGCGUGCUCAACAAAUCCAGUCCCUAACUCAUCCCUCUGUUUCGACAUCGUCAGACUCUCUUGCACUUCAAACAUAUUCUCCACGACCACUUGUUAAUAUUUCCCUUCCCGACCCGCCCCCAAUACGGCCUGCUCUGCUAGCUGCUGGCGCCCGUCCGGAAAUUUCCCUAGCGAUAGAUCAAGCAUAUCAGAAGCGUGCUGCUGACUUGAAAGCUGCUUACCCUUCUGACUUUCGACAUGGACACGAUCAAAAAGUCCUAUCCGUGUUCAUUGAGCUAUAUCUGAAACAGCUCGUUACGUGGAGAGAAGAAGGUGUUGCCUCAUACCUUAAACAUUCAUCAGCAGGUGACAAAACACCACAACACGCACUUCGAGUUGUAUGGCGAAGUUCAAUCAUGAAUAUGUUCCAUUGCUCGAAUACUUCUUCGCGGAUAACCCAUUUCCAUCGCAUGCUGAUAAGGCUCUUUCCUUGCAAAGAAAUCAACAAUGACGUAUCGUCAGAUUCAUGUUUGGGUAUGCAUAUCUACUGCCAUACGUUGGUUCUUGAUGUUGAUAAUCCCAAGUUUCAAAACAGGCGCAACAGAAUGAAGAAAGAAGGUCAAGCGUAUGGAGAAAUAUAUUAUACCGAAGAAAAGAAGGCGCCCACAUCGCCUUCCACUCCUCCGCAUUCUCCUACCAGACAAGGAGGCGAGAUGAUGUCUAUCGCAUCCAAACGAUGCAACCCACUCGAGCCUCUGGCACCUUUACAUGCAUUUCCGUCGUCGUAUCCCCCUUCAUGCUCGUAUAAUCCUUUUCCAUCGAAGAAUGGUGUGACGAACUUCGGUGCGCCAAAAUGGCCCCGGCGCCCAAUGACUGCAACCGUUCAAUGUCAUAUAUUAGACAUCGAUGGGCUCAUAGAUCGUUUCUCGAGGAUAAACAUUCUAGAUGAUUCUGGUUCCUGUUCCCGCGGCAGUGUCGAUUCAUAUGCAGCUGUAGCUGCCAUUACGGUUGUACCCCUCCCUGCCCCUCUGCCUGCCCUCAUUCGGGGGACAGCUACGCGCAUUACACCCGUCCGUGUUCCCCUGCUUUCCGUUCCUGCAACCGCAUCUCGUCGUCAUGUCUUCGACACUCCCAGUCCCCAAUCAAGGCCUAUCACAUUGGUGCCAGCAUCCGAGACCCCAAGAGGGCAGAAAAUCCGCCACCGAAAAAUGGCACCAUUGCCAAAACACAUCCCUCACAGGAACCCAGUUUGUUAUCGGGGUGUUAUGCCAGCCGUUUCAGAGGCGUCUGUCACCUCACCUUCACCGUCCUCCCCCUCGUGUUCGUCUUCAUUCGGGUUUGAGAGUUCAUCGCAGAACCGCCUAUUCUCAAGCGCGAGCUCCACAUCGAGCAGUUCCUCUGGUAUCAUGACGCCGUCUCCAUUCCCCUCGCCUUCAACACAGCUUGCGUCUCCUCCAAACUCCUUAUACAAUUUCUCCUCAUCUAUUACUGAUCUAUUCGGCGAUGCUUUGGAAAGUGUUCCCUCACCAGCGGAGGGACUUCAACUUGACUUUAAUUCAAGCCUAUUCGGGAAUGAGCAAAUCCUGAAGUCGGCGGCGUUUGACUUCUCCUUCGGUAUGGCCCCAGCUGUGAAUCUUGUCUCCGCACCACCAUGA